AUGUCAAAGAAGAAGAAGAAGAAGACAAAGACAAAGGAGAUAAACACCUCGCUCGCUCGUCGCGCAAAAGUAAACAAAAACGACGCGUCGUCGUUUCUCUCCUCUUCUGUCGUCGAAACGAACAAACAGAAGCGCGUGUGCGACGUCGCGUUGCGAGCGGGAAAUCUGACCUCCUCGGUGAAAGCGUUUUUGCACGUCUUGGACGACUUGCUUUUGAUCUCAGACGAUCACACAGGGGACGAUUCAGACUGCGACAAAGUGUGUUUGUUCUCCUCGGAGGAACAACUCUUUUCUUUUCGCAAUCUCUCUCAACUGUUGGAGAGAGUGCUCGCGUUGUGUCAACUCCGCGCGAACGCGAAAGCGGUGAAGAAAGUCCUGGGAAAAGUCAAGCAGUUGAACACCAAAAAUGUUGAAGGGCGUCGUCGUCGACGAGUGUUUACUGCGACGACGACGACGACUCAUCAACUUCUUCGUUUGACGAACGCGUCUUUGCGAUGCGCGUAUUUUACGUUUUGCGCGGCGGGAGAUGCAAACGCAGCCGCAGAGUUACUCCUGAUUGAGAAUAACGAGGACGGGGAGGAGGACGUCGUUGACGAGAGCGGAAAGAGCGGAAAGGGCGAGAACGUGAGCGGCGUCGAGAAGACGAUCGAGAAGAUUGGUAGGGAGAAUUUAGUGCGAGGGUGUUCGUUCGCGAGGAAGAGUUUCAACGGCAUCGGUGGUGGUCACAUGGUCGUCGUCGGCGAAGAGGAGAAAGAGGACGAGCUUUUGUGGCGGGUAUUGAAAUUAAUUCGCAAAAGCAGCGACGACGAAGACGACGAGGAGAAAAAAACGAGGAAGAAGAGCGCGGGAAGACUCGCGCCUAGUCUCGAGAUGAAAAAACGAGAAAUGAUUCGUGCGUGGAUGGUGAGCGAUGAUGAUGCUUCUCCUCGUCGCGAAAGAGUUCGCGUGGAAAUUAGAAACAGAGUUGAGUUACCCGCGCGUUCGGAAGAGGAAGAGGAAGAGGAAAAAAUACACGCCGCCGCUUUGCGUAACAACAAUAAUAGCUUACGCUUCAUCGUUUGUUGCGAGGACGACGGUCGACGGCGACCGGCAAAUCGUUUACCGUUGAAACUCUUUCGACCAGUCUCUCCAAACGCUUUGGUACUCGCGCCGGCAGGCUUUCGAGCGCCGAGAGUAAAUCGCGUCGAUUUGAGUCAAACGGUUGGACCCGGGAUAUUCGCGUUGACGUCUGUUUUCGCGAAAGCAGAGUGUGAGUUAUUCGUUCGAAGCGCUUUGGCGUGUGGACUCGUUAAAGACGACGAGAACGACCAAGAGUCGAUGGAGUAUUGCGAAAUAUGCGUGUAUAAUGCUGUCGUAGAAAAUAUUUGGCAACGAAUUCGCGACCAUUUCCACGCCGACGAAGAAGAUGCGUUCGAAGACGACGACGACGAGGACGACGACGAUAAUUCUGUCCACCAUUAUUGGCUUCCUGUCGGCAUAAACCCGCGGUUUCGAAUAUUCAAAUACGACGAUAAGAGCGUCUAUCGCAGACAUCUCGACGGCGCUUGGCCGUGCGGUAUGCUCGACGAACAAACCAACGAAUUCAUCGUCGACGCGAACGCGCUCCUCGACGGUAACAACACUAAUAAUAAAGAAAACCAGCGGACGACGCGCCUCACGUUUCUCAUCUACUUGACCGAUAGCUUUCGAGGUGGCGAGACGACGUUCUAUUCCGUCGAUGAUGACGAUCAUACUAACGAAGAAGAACAGAAGAAAAAAGUCAUCGUCGGUAACGCCGUCGCGCCGCGAGUCGGCGCGGUCUUGUGCUUCCCUCACGGAAACGCGAAGAACUCUCCCGUUCACGAAGGCUCGAGACUGUUUUCUUCCUCAAAACACGACGACGACGGGGACUCUUCUUCUUCUUCUUCUUCUUCUUGUAAAUUCGUCGCGCGUACCGACGUCGUUUUCGAAAGAAAGACAAAGAGGAGAAAGAGGUAA